AUGAAAAUGUACUGCAUAGUAGAAUGACCCUCCACAUGACACGUGGUUAUUGCUGUCACAUAAAUAUGGUAAGCAUGUGUACGGUGUCUUCAUGCUCUCUCUGUUUAAAUCCCACUCACUAAAUCUCUGUAUCUCUGGGAGCUUCCCGUCCUCGUUGUCAGAUCUGAUUGGAGGACAAUCCUCUUUCCUCAUACCUGCACAUUAAACCCAAUCUCCCACAGACACUGGUAAACGGAGGUUGCUAUGGAUACACACCUUCCCUUGAAGAGUUGCAUAAUCUUCUCAGCAUCUCAAGAUACCUUGAGUGACAGGAGAACUCUGCAUCCAUGGAAGAAGCAGGAAGAGGAGGAGCUUCCCACUCGGUGUGCUACUUAGUAUUCCAUCCAGGUCUCUGUGGCAUCUCUCACAUCUGCGUGGCCAGGUGAUGCCCGUGGAGAUUGGGGAUUGAUUGUUGACAUUCAUUAUUACGAUCUGAUCCUCAGGGAUGCCGACCUAGUGACUACAAAGCACGAUGGCCAACUCUUCUACUGCAUUCUCUCCAUUCUACCAUACCAUUUAUUUGUUUAAACACUUCUGCCUCAGGGAGGUUUUUUUCCCAAACACAUUUUCUGAGACAAUGUCAGACCAUUUAACAAACCAUGUAUUAUUAAACCCAUCCAAUGGAGGGGAGCAGUUCAGUCCAAUACACCGAAGAGAAUUUUAUUUUUUCUUUCUCACUCUCUCUCUCUCUCUCUCUCUCUCUCUACUCCAUUAUCCUUCCGUUGGUCAAUGCGUCAUAUGUUUGGAAAGGAUGGAGUGUGCGGGAAUGGAGGAGGAGGGGGGGGGGCUUUAGAGGAAGAAAAAAGAGAGGGAAUAGAGGAGAACAGUUCAGAGGAGUACCAAUAGAAGACAUCGCGAGGGAAUCAGGGGAAUCUUUCCUCUCAGUUUUUCCAUUUGUGACCUGAAAGACCUAAAAGAAGAGAAAGCUGUAUUAAAAUGAAAAGAACACCAUCUGCUUUCUAAUAUUCCUCAUCAAUUCCAAUGCUUUGCCUUCACAGCAACUCUCAACCUCAUUCUCCUGCAUGAUCUCAUGUAUCUUUUGUUUUUCAAUUUCUUUGACAGUACAUACUAUCAUUCUUGUUGCUUCCUUCCAUGCAUCUCUUUCUUUCCACUCCCCGCUCUCUCCUCUCUCUCUCUCUCUCUCUCUCUCUCUCUCUCCCUCUCUCCGGCUUCUUAAAGACAGUGCCGCUCUGCUGCUCUACAUCACAGCUACUGUUUCUCACUCUCCUCUCUUCCACUCAGCUUUGCUCCUCUUCUCUCUGUUUCUCUCCACUCAUUCAGACCGCAUGCUCGAAGUUAUCUCUGGCACUGUUGGGUCUUUGUGGCCAGUGGAAGUGGACCCGGACACCCUGUAUGGUCUGAAGGUGUUUUCCCGAUCCAGUGGAUCUGUGGGGAGGGGAGGGAGGAUAGGGAGGGGGUGCAGGUGAAGAACGGCUUGUUCGGAAGGAAACAGGUUGCGUGUUUUUGCGACAGGGACUGAGGAGGGUCAUGCUUCAUGAGUUAAGUGGAUUUCGGACUGAGACCCCUCGUGCAUCGCCGCCCCAAUGUGGGGCCCUUUUCCGGAUGGCGGGAACGUCCGGCCAGGAGGGACGAACCAGCUGGAUGCUCCUCGGCCGCUCAACUGGACCAUACGGAAACUGUGCCAUGCAGCCUUCCUUCCGUCUGUGCGCCUGCUGAAGGCACAGAAAUCAUGGAUAGAAAGAGCUUUCAGCAAGAGAGAAUGUGUGCACAUUAUUGUAAGCACCAAAGACCCCCAUAGGUGCUGUUGUGGCCGUCUAAUUGGUCAACAUAUUGGCCUGCCCCCCAGCAUCUCCUCCAAUCAGAAUGAGAAGUCAGAGCGUGUGCCAAAGAAUGACAGCUUGUCAGAGAAGUGGUCCAUCAGCAAGCACACCCAGCUCAGUCCCACUGACGCCUUUGGAACCAUUGAGUUCCAGGGAGGUGGACACUCCAACAAAGCAAUGUAUGUACGAGUUUCUUACGACACUAAGCCAGACUUACUGCUGCAUCUGAUGACGAAGGAGUGGCAGCUGGAGCUUCCCAAACUGCUCAUCUCUGUUCAUGGAGGACUUCAGAACUUCGAGCUGCAGCCCAAACUCAAGCAAGUCUUCGGCAAGGGUCUCAUCAAGGCGGCCAUGACCACUGGAGCCUGGAUCUUCACUGGAGGAGUCAAUACUGGAGUCAUAAGACAUGUUGGUGAUGCUCUAAAAGACCACGCUUCCAAAUCGAGAGGGAAGAUCUGUACUAUCGGUAUUGCACCCUGGGGGAUUGUGGAGAACCAGGAAGACCUAGUGGGGAAAGAUGUGGUCCGGCCGUAUCAGACGAUGUCUAACCCUCUUAGUAAGCUAACGGUUCUCAACAGCCUACACUCCCACUUCAUUUUGGCUGAUAAUGGCACCACCGGAAAGUAUGGAGCAGAAGUCAAACUGCGCAGACAGCUUGAGAAGCACAUCUCUCUGCAAAAGAUCAACACGCGGAUUGGACAGGGUGUUCCAGUGGUGGCUCUGAUAUUGGAGGGGGGUCCUAAUGUGAUCUCUAUCGUGCUUGAGUACCUGAGAGACACUCCUCCUGUGCCUGUGGUGGUGUGUGAUGGCAGCGGCCGUGCCUCUGACAUCCUGGCCUUUGGGCAUAAGUACUCAGAGGAGGGCGGAAUCAUAAAUGAAUCUUUGAGAGACCAGUUAUUAGUCACCAUUCAGAAGACGUUUACGUACAGCCGGACGCAGGCCCAGCAUCUCUUCAUCAUUCUGAUGGAGUGCAUGAAGAAGAAAGAACUGAUAACAGUAUUUCGGAUGGGAUCAGAGGGACACCAGGACAUUGAUCUGGCCAUUCUAACAGCUCUUCUGAAAGGGGCCAAUGCAUCAGCUCCAGAUCAGCUGAGCCUUGCUUUGGCCUGGAACAGAGUUGACAUCGCUCGAAGCCAGAUCUUCAUUUAUGGACAGCAGUGGCCUGUGGGCUCUCUAGAGCAGUCUAUGCUGGACGCACUGGUGUUUGACAGAGUGGACUUUGUGAAGCUGUUGAUUGAGAAUGGAGUGAGCAUGCACCGCUUCCUGACACUGUCCAGACUUGAAGAGCUCUAUAAUACGAGGCAUGGUCCAUCCAACACCUUGUACCACCUUGUCAGAGAUGUGAAAAAGGGUAACCUGCCCCCUGACUACCGCAUCAGCCUGAUUGACAUCGGAUUGGUAAUUGAAUACCUCAUGGGUGGAGCCUAUCGCUGCAAUUACACCAGGAAGAGAUUUCGGACCCUAUAUCACAACCUUUUUGGACCCAAAAGACCAAAAGCCCUGAAGCUGCUUGGAAUGGAGGAUGACAUGCCCAUUAGGCGCGGACGUCAGAAGACCACAAAGAAGCGAGAGGAGGAAGUAGACAUUGACCUGGAUGACCCGGAAAUCAAUCACUUUCCUUUCCCGUUCCAUGAGCUGAUGGUUUGGGCAGUGCUGAUGAAACGGCAGAAGAUGGCCCUGUUCUUCUGGCAGCAUGGCGAGGAGGCCAUGGCUAAAGCGCUGGUGGCCUGUAAGCUCUGUAAGGCAAUGGCCCACGAAGCAUCCGAGAACGACAUGGUAGAUGACAUUUCACAAGAGCUCAAUCAAAACUCAAGGGAGUUCGGUCAGCUGGCUGUUGAGCUGCUCGAUCAGUCGUAUAAGCAGGAUGAACAGAUGGCCAUGAAGCUGUUAACCUACGAGCUGAAGAACUGGAGUAAUGCCACCUGUCUGCAGCUGGCCGUGGCUGCCAAGCACAGGGACUUCAUCGCCCACACGUGCAGCCAGAUGCUACUCACUGACAUGUGGAUGGGACGUCUGCGUAUGCGCAAGAACUCUGGCCUAAAGGUUAUCUUAGGCCUGCUUCUGCCCCCCUCCAUAUUGAGUCUUGAGUUAAAAAAUAAGGACGAGAUGUCGUACAUGCCACAGGAUCAGGACACCUACCUGCAGGAGAAGGAUGUGGAUGAACCUGAGAAACAAGCUAAGGAGAAAGAGGAGGAUGACAUGGAGUUCACAGUAAGAUCUUACUGUGAGACGCAGUACAACUCCGUGGCUAUGCUGGGAAAUGUCAGUUCAGAAGCGUCGCGUAAGAAAAGGGUGGAAGAGGUUCAGAACCGCCAUCGACUGAUUCCAGUGGGUCGCAAAAUUUAUGAGUUUUACAACGCCCCUAUCGUCAAGUUCUGGUUUCACACGUUGGCCUAUGUAGGAUACUUGAUGCUCUUCAACUAUAUUGUUCUGGUGAAGAUGGACCUGUGGCCCUCUCCUCAGGAGUGGAUUGUUAUUGCCUACAUUUUCACCAAUGGCAUCGAGAAGAUGAGAGAGAUCCUCAUGUCAGAGCCAGGGAAGCUCCUGCAGAAGGUGAAAGUGUGGUUACAGGAGUACUGGAACAUCACUGACCUCAUGGCUAUCCUCAUCUUCUCCAUUGGGAUGGUGCUUCGCCUGCAAGACCCGCCCCUGAUGAGCUACGGGAGGGUCAUUUACUGUGUCAAUAUCAUCUAUUGGUACAUACGACUGCUUGACAUCUUUGGAGUGAACAAAUACCUGGGUCCAUAUGUCAUGAUGAUCGGCAAGAUGAUGAUUGACAUGAUGUAUUUUGUGAUCAUCAUGUUGGUGGUUCUGAUGAGUUUCGGAGUGGCGCGGCAGGCUAUCCUCAAUCCCAAUGAGGACCCGUCCUGGAUGCUGGCACGCAACAUCUUCUUCAUGCCGUAUUGGAUGAUCUACGGAGAAGUGUUUGCUGACCAAAUCGACCCUCCAUGUGGUCAGAACAUCACCACAGAGGAAGGAGUCAUUGUGCCUCUCCCACCUUGCAAAACAGGAGCUUGGAUUGUCCCAGCCAUCAUGGCCUGCUACUUGCUGGUGGCCAACAUCCUUCUGGUUAAUUUGCUAAUUGCUGUCUUUAAUAACACAUUCUUUGAAGUGAAGUCCAUCUCCAACCAGGUGUGGAAGUUCCAGAGGUACCAGCUGAUCAUGACCUUCCAUGAACGGCCUGUCCUUCCUCCUCCUCUCAUCAUUUUCAGUCACAUAACUAUGGUCCUCAAACACCUCUGCUGUCGUUGGAGGAAACAUGAUGAGGAUGAGCGGGACUAUGGGCUGAAGCUCUUCAUUACUGAAGAUGAACUGAAGAAGGUACAUGACUUUGAAGAGCAGUGCAUGGAGGAGUAUUUCAGAGAGAAAGAUGACCGCUUCAAUUCCUCCAAUGAUGAAAGGAUACGCGUGACAUCUGAAAGGGUGGAGAACAUGGCAAUGCGUCUUGAGGAAGUGAAUGAGAGGGAACAUUUCAUGAAAGCAUCCCUGCAGACUGUGGAUAUCCGGCUCGCCCAGAUGGAGGAGAUGAUCGGCCGCAUCACUGUGGCACUGGAGCGGGUUGCUGGUAUGGAUCGAGGCGAAGUCAACAAAGCCCGGUCCAGGACAUCAUCUGACUGCACAGAUACAAAUUAUAUCCUGCGCCAGAGCAGUUUCAACAGCCAAGAAGGCAAUUCCUACAGGCUACAGGAGUCUCUGGAGCAGGGUGGCGAAGAGUCUAUCUCCCCUACAUCUCCAACCACUCUGGCCCCACGUGUCCGCAGUCACUCCUUCUAUGUAAGCCACUCCUCCAAGGAUAGGAGCGGUGCAGAUCGAGGAGAAGGCUUCUUUAAAGACCGAUUGUUCAGCCUCCAUCGGGCCAACAGCUCACAGUCUGUGUCCUCAGGAGCAGGUCCCAAAGAGUCCAAGCCCACACCUUUGAAUACUUUAUCUGUGGACCAGCAGCUACGCCCUUCUUCCUGUAUAGACAUCUAUGUUUCUGCCUCAGAGGACGUCCCGCCCACUGAGAGCUUCUUGGAGCCGGUCCGGGCAGUUCCAUCUCUUGCUCGAGACUCAUCUCUCCAUUCUGAGAUCAUGGAUGUGGUGCUCUCAGGGGGGCGGGACUGCAGUGGCAGGGCAGGGGGCAGUGACAGACAGUCGGAUGGCACGGUCCUGUUUGAGGACAGUGCUGCCGCUGACCUAUCACUCUGCUCUGCCCACCUUCUGCCAGAUACCUUGCCCUCCUGGGACCUGGACCCCUCGCCGCCGCCAUCAGCUGGUGCUCUCGAGCGGUCCAAGAGCAGCCGCUUCCUAUCCACAGCAGGGCCUCUGUUUCUGGAUGAGCCACCAUUGGUUAAGUCACACAGCCUGAUGUUCAAUUCACGUGGUUACUAUGGCGGCAUGGGCGUGCAGGUAAAGGCAGCCGAAUAUACCAGCAUAACUGAUUGCAUUGACAUCCGUUGCGUCUCUACCCCUUACCCUGUCCCAGAGAGGUCUGACUCACCUGGAGGCUCUUUCACAUUCGAUAAACCCCAGGACCUGGGCGUCUCACACCCUGAAAGAGAUGCUGAGCUCAGUCACGCAGAAUCGGAUCCAGAGGAACCUGCAGAGGGGUCAGCGCACACAGGUAAGGGGGGUCAAAGCAGCAGUGGGGGAUUAGGCACAGACCUGGGCCUCGGCCUCCCACUGGGUCCGUUUUGCUCGCCAAUUUCUAGACUAGAGCGUGCAAACAGCUGCUCCUCUUCAGAGGAGUCGCACUCCAACAUCUACUCCCAAAAGAGCUUCUCCAUUAGUGAGAAAAUGGACAAGGGUCGUGGAAGCUCCAGGAAUCCUUUCCAGAAGGCCAGAGCCGGGGCAAGGCUGGAGGGUAAGACAGACUCACUGUCCACGAGGAAACUGGCCAAACCCUCAGCGUUCCAAAGUUUUGAUAACAGACACAAUUACACGUGAUGAUGGCAGACAAGUAGUGAUGCCAUUGUAGAACUAGGUUCUGUAGGAUGGCUCUACCUCGUUUAAAAUUUAAGGGCCAGUCCAUUGAUUAGUACUGUCUGAGUGAGUAAUUAGCUGUACACUGGAAUGGUUUAUCAUGGGUAUCAACUUCCUGUUAAUUUCCUGUUAUAACACUGAAUGCCAAGUCAGAUUUUCUUUAGUAUUCAUAGAUUCAGAAGAUGACCACUGCCAUUAGGCCAACAUUAGUACCCAGUUGAGGAGAAAACUUUGCAAUUUAAGGGCCUGUUAACACUAUGAUGAAUGUUCGGUAUAAUAAAAAUAAUCAUUUGAAUGAAUGGCUGUUAAUGUUAAAAACCAAUAAGCUUUUUGGUCACAUGCCUACAGCCGCUGCUGUUACAUUAACUACAUCUUAAGGGUUGGUCACUCAUCCAAAGUAACUUUGCAUUUCGCUGCAUUCCAAAGUUCAAGUUUGGUGAACUCUGAAACCAUGAAAGUGUGUGACCAAUAGAAGAUUGAUAUGUGACAGCAUGGACUCUUAGCUGUAUUAAAACUGCAGUGCUACAGGAAAGUGGAGUAGAUUGUAUGUUUUACAUUGUAGAUUUAUUAUUAAUUGUUGUGUGUUGAAUUUAAAGGACACUGCAGAGUGUGCCCUCAUAUCAUGACUGUUGCAGUGUAUGAAGAAAGUGUGACCUCUGCUUUAGUGGCGCACACCUACAGACCAUUUUGCAGAUCCUUCCUCUACUAUUUACAAAAAAUAUAUAUAUUAAAUAGCAGAUCAAGGAUCUGGAACCGGCUCUAAUGGCUCUGUACUCUUCUAUUUUGUGUUGUUUGAUAAACACCAUUUAUUUCUCUUUGACAGAUGAGCUCCAGAGAUGAAAAGUAUUACCGUAUUUUCCGGACUAUAAGUCACACUUUUUUUCAUAGUUUGGCUGGUCCUGCAACUUAUAGUCAG